AUGUCGCAGGGCGUCACGCCCGAGAUGCAAAACUUCCUCGAGGAGGAGAAGCGCAAGGCGAUGUUCAACGAGGUCGUGUCCAAGCUCGCGGACGUGUGCUUCGACAAGUGCGUGACGCGGCCCGCGGACUCGCUCGAUCGCUACGAGAGCGCGUGCCUGAGCAACUGCGCGCUGAGGUACCUCGAGACGGGGCAGGUCAUCAUGCAACGCAUCGGGCGGAUGAACCAAUGA